AUGAUGAUGAUGUCUCUGAACAGCAAGCAGCCGUUCGCCAUGGCGCACAGCAGCCUGGCCGAGCCCAAGUACUCGCUGCACUCGUCCUCCGCGUCCACGCUGACCUCCAGCGCGCCUUCCUCCUCGUCCUGCUCCUCUUCCUCCCGCAUCAGCAGCACCAUCAUCAGCAGCACCAGCAGCAGCAGCGGCAGUUCGGAGGCGAUGCGUCGCGCCUGCCUCCCAACCCCACCGAGCAAUAUAUUCGGCGGCUUGGAUGAGAGUUUGUUGGCCCGCGCAGAAGCUCUGGCGGCGGUGGAUAUCGUCUCGCAGACCAAGAGUCACCACCACCACCCUCCGCACCACAGCCCCUUCAAACCGGACGCGACCUACCACACCAUGAACACGCUGCCCUGCACCUCUUCCUCCUCCUCCUCUUCCUCCGUGCCCAUCUCACACCCCUCCGCUCUGGCCGGACACCACCACCAUCACCACCACCACCAUCACCAUCAGCCGCACCAAGCCUUAGAGGGAGACCUGCUGGACCACAUCACCCCGGGGUUGGCGCUCGGAUGCCCCGAUGGAUCAGUGGUGUCAACCCCGGCGCAUCCCGCGCACAUGGCGGGGAUGAACCACAUGCACCAGGCGGCUCUCAACAUGGCCCACGCGCACGGGCUGCCACACAUGGGCAUGAACGACGUGGACGCGGAUCCCAGAGACUUGGAGGCUUUCGCGGAGCGCUUUAAGCAGCGGCGGAUCAAACUGGGGGUGACCCAGGCGGACGUAGGGUCGGCCUUGGCCAGCCUCAAAAUCCCCGGCGUGGGCUCGCUCAGUCAGAGCACCAUCUGCCGCUUCGAGUCCCUCACGCUCUCGCACAACAACAUGAUCGCGCUCAAGCCCAUUCUCCAAGCGUGGCUCGAGGAAGCGGAGAAGUCUCACCGCGAGAAACUGAACAAACCGGAGCUUUUUAACGGCGCCGAGAAAAAGCGGAAACGCACGUCGAUAGCCGCUCCGGAGAAGAGGUCACUGGAGGCCUAUUUCGCCAUUCAGCCGCGGCCCUCCUCAGAGAAGAUCGCAGCCAUCGCAGAGAAACUGGACUUGAAAAAGAACGUGGUGCGCGUUUGGUUUUGUAACCAGCGACAAAAACAGAAAAGAAUGAAGUACUCUGCAUGUGUCUAG